CUCCUCCGUCCCUGUCGACUUCUCUCGUCAAUCACCGCAACCAUGGCCGAUACUCCCGUUACCCUGCGGACUCGCAAGUUCAUCCGCAACCCCCUGCUUGCUCGCAAGCAGAUGGUCGUGGACGUCCUUCACCCCAACCGUGCCAACGUCUCCAAGGAUGAGCUCCGCAGCAAGCUCGCCGACCUGUACAAGUCCAACAAGGACCAGGUCUCCGUCUUCGGCCUCCGUACGCAAUACGGUGGUGGCAAGACCACCGGCUUCGCUCUCGUCUACGACUCCGCCGAGGCCCUGAAGAAGUUCGAGCCUCACUACCGUCUGGUCCGCAUCGGUGCCGCCACCAAGAUCGAGAAGGCCAGCCGACAGCAGCGCAAGCAACGGAAGAACCGCUCCAAGAAGUUCCGCGGUAUCGCCAAGGUCAAGGGCCCCAAGAAGAGCAAGAACUAAGCGUAUUGCGUCGGAUUCCGGUGAAGGGCAGGGAGGUCCAGGUUGUUGUUGCAAGUGGACUCGAGCAUGGACUGGGAUGCGGUGGCGGUUACGGCCUGAUCAAGGCUAUGACCCUACUGCUAGGUGUGAUAAUGACGGUCCCCUCGAGAUUAUCGCACCCAUGACGACCAACGGGGAGACAGAAGAAAUCAAAAAAAUACGAAUAAAGAUUCUCUUGAGCUUCUGGGGUUCGGUUUUUCUUUUUUAUUUUUUCCUCCGCAAGGGAUGGGAUGAAAAAUAGUUUUUAUUUAACUUGUUAUGUCAUGUUCUCACCCGACCUGCUUCAGUCUUCGCCUUCCCAAUGCUUGUUUUCCAUCCAUGCAAUACCAGACCUUAUCCUGCUUAAGUCGAGUUGAUAGCUCGGCAAUGUACUGUUAUGAACUUGUCAUUCUUUUUGUUGACACUCUUCUCCAUUUCUAUCCAUAUCAU